CCACCCGCAUAUGUGCAUGGACUCCGGAAAAAAUCAUCUAUAGAUGUGUUCACCAGUAGAAUAACUCCAACUGGCAGAGAUGUGACUAUUAACUGCAGGAGUUUCAUGGACCAUUCAUUGAAAAGUUGUACAUUCUAUAAAAAUAAACAAUGGUUUCACUCUAACUCAUCCACUCGUAAUUUUGUUGAAUAUGUCAUUGAGAAGGCUAGACAAGAGGAUGAAGGAUUCUACAGCUGUGUGUGCUAUACUGAACAGAAUCAACGUUUGGAAGAAAGUUCCCCUGCACCUUUAAUUGUAACUGCGUUUCAGGAAUGGCCACAUCUGGAACUGAUACCCCAUCUGAGGAAAUAUGACUUCGGCAGUAAAGUAACUAUGGAAUGUAGCAGUAACAGUGAUAGCUCAUAUACACAGUGCUGGUUCUAUAACUUCGAUGUAUUUAUAGGACAUCGUUCAAAUUCAUCAGCUGAGUCUCCGAUUCAGUAUGUCAUUUCAAAUGUCACAGUAAAUGAUCGUGGAGUCUACAGUUGUGUGUGUUACACUGCACAACAUCGAAUCACAUACAGAAGUAAGGGAAUUAUUUUAUAUACAGCAGGUACCUUAACAUUAUAA